AUGGGCAACAGUGAGAAGUACGCAACGUUACCCUUCUUUAUUGGUCAAGAACUGUUCGAAGCGUCCGAAACGUUUCGGUUUGUGAAGGAAUGCCCGUCGUUCUAUUAUGGAUCUGCUGUUUUCGGGACCCAGCUUUCUUUCUCUUCCCUCUCCGUCGCAAAACUUGAUGACCCAGUAAAGAAUGAGGCCGUUUCGGGGGAGGUUUCGUUGGGGAUGGAGAACAAUAAUGAAUUUCCUGUUCUUGAAGGAAUUGCAGCUGUUGUUGGGCCACGGGUUCUGUUCGGGAACAGAAUUGGUGGUGACGGUAGUAAUGGAAGGUCGGGGUUGGUGUCGGUUUCGGCUCCGCAGCGUAUCGGCACCGAAGCGUCGAAUGCAGUGGCGGAGAAACGUGGUAGUGUUUCGGUGCAGAGGAGUUUUAGGGGAGUCCGGAAGAGGCCGUGGGGGAGGUGGUCGGCGGAGAUUCGGGACCGUAUAGGGCGGUGUAGGCACUGGCUCGGCACGUUCGAUACGGCGGAGGAGGCGGCGCGGGCUUACGAUGCGGCCGCCAGGCGACUGAGAGGGUCCAAAGCGCGGACUAAUUUCGAAAUUCCCUCGCCCUUGCCUGAAACUUCUGCGUCGUCGUCGUGCUCGUCGUCAUCGUCGUUGGAGAAGAAGAAGCCAAAGCCACAAAGCGGAAGGACGUGUUGCGUCGUUACAUCUGUGGCUCAUCUCUUCAGUUCUGCAGCUGAAGAGCGGAAACCCACCAAGGUAGAGCUUGAUUUGAAGCUUGGUCUGAAGUUCUCAAACAGCACUGUCACUGCAGCUUCUGCUCUGGGUUUUCCUAGAUGA